ACUUUUCUUCGUUCUCUCAAGCACGAUUAUGACUAUCUCCGUGGGCAGCCAUAGUUAGAGAACGAGGAAGCAGAUGAAAAAAACAGUACAAUGAGCUACAAAGGUACGGCCGAGAGGACACCAAGGUACCAGCCAUUUCACAUGAAAGCGUGGGUCUUCAACGUCAGUCGUGAUAAAAAAAUAUAUAAUAGAAAACAUCCACCAUACAUCAAUCUCAUCUACAACCACACCUUCAUACUCCAAAAAAAAACUACUACAUCCAAUCCACAAUGUCCAAGCCAAGCAUCCUCUUCAUCCUCACCUCGCACAACAAGCUCGGCGACACAGGCAAGCCCACGGGCUGGUACCUCCCCGAGCUCGCGCACCCCUACCACGUUCUCCGCAACAAAGCCAACAUCACCGUCGCCUCCCCCAAGGGCGGCGAAGCGCCCCUCGACCCCGCGUCCGUCGAAGCCGCCAAAGACGACGUCUCAGUCACCUUCCUCAAGAACGACGAGCAAGUCUGGAAGACCACCAAGAAACUCUCUGAUUACAUAGGCAAGGCCAGCGAGUUCGACGCUAUCUUCUACGUCGGCGGCCACGGCCCCAUGUUCGAUCUCGCAGACGACGCUACCUCGCAGCAGCUGAUCCGUGAGUUCUGGGAGGCUGGCAAGAUUGUCUCGGCGGUUUGUCAUGCACCCGCUGUACUCUACAAUGUCAAGCUGAGUGAUGGAAGCUUGCUGGUUGCGGGCAAGGAAGUCACUGCGUUUACGAAUGCGGAGGAGGAGCAAGCGGGACUGACGAAGGCGGUGCCGUUUUUGCCAGAGGACGCGCUGCAGAAGGCGAGCGGUGGCAAGUUUGUCAAGGCGGCGGAGCCGUGGGGCGAGAAGGUGGUUGUGUCGGGCAAGCUGAUUACGGGACAGAAUCCUGCUAGUGCGACGGGUGUGGGUGAGGCGCUUGCUAAGGCGUUGGGUAUCUAGGGUUAUGAUAUGAAUAAUGUACAAGUACAGUAAUGAUGUAUAUGGUUCGACGAAGCAAUUAUAAUGCGAGACAUAGUAGUUUGUGGAAGCGAGGUGACGGAUAAUUAAGAAACAUCAUU